AUGUGGAUAACAGAAGCCAUGAAAUUUUCCUUUCCUUUCUCUUUCCCUGCUGCCUUGCUUCUCCUUCUAAUUCUUGGAGGUAAGAUAUAUUUCCAUAUGCUUUUCAGUUUUGCUCAUGAGAAAGUGGAAUUCUAUAUUAGUUUUAAUUUAUGUUUAACAUUAUGGAAAAAGGAAAAAAAUCCUAACUUAAUUUCCAAUAAGGACGGCAAAUCUCAUAUUAUUCUUGGGGCCGACUCUAUAUCCCAUAAAGAGAACCAUAAGCAAAUAUUUUCCGUUAAAAGGAAGAUUCUCUGUCCAUGCUAUGGUUCACAGACAUUUGAAGGGGAUCUUCAACUGCUUCAGCCCAAAACAGGAAAAGAUGUCAAACCCCACACCAAGUGUCAUGUGGCAGGAUGGAGAAGCACCAAAAAACACCCAAAAGAAAUUUUGGAUACCUCGAGAGAAGUCAAUGUCACUGUGAUAGACCGAAAAACAUGCAAAAAUGAAAAGCAUUAUAAUUUCAAGUCAAUUAUUGACAAAAGCAGCAUCUGUGCUAUCAGCACAAAAAGUAAAGCUUGUUCAUGUGAAGUGAAUUCUGGAAGUCCUCUGAUAUGCGAUAACAUUUUCGGAGGUGUCACUUCCUUUGGGAAGUGUGGUAACUGCCAGAAUCCUGACAUUUUCAUGCUUCUUACAAAAAAACGUCUCGAAUGGAUAAGGGAAACCAUUCGAGGAGCUAUGUGA